CCGGUUCAACUCGAAUUCCACGCUUUGAUUUAAUAAAUGGCGGUAAUACAGCAACAUCGACUCGUAUACCAAUAUCUGGUUCAUUACGUAUACAACAAAGUCAUAUUGUACCACCAGUUGGUUUAAUGCAACCAACAAAAAUUAUUUCAACAACAACAAUACCUGCAGCAUCAGUACCAUGUACAGCAACAACAGCGACAGCAACAUUAACAACAACAACAAAAAUAGCACGUCCAAAUACUUUAACUGGUAUAAGACAGCCAAUAAAUACAAUAGCAUCAUUAAAAAAAUCUUUUACUGGUGAAAAAUUUACGGAGGCAGCGAAUUUAAUGAGCCAAAAAACGACAACAGCAGUUCGAAAAUUUUUAACAAAACCGGAAAAAUCAGAAAAAAAUAUUGAAACAAAACGUACAAUUACAAAUUUAGAAAAAGGUAGUAAAGAAGAGAAUUCAAACGAAAAAUUACAAUUAAAUCAGAAAUCUAGAACAAUUUUACCAAAUGAAAAACAACAUCAACAGCCACAACAACCUCGUUCAAUAUUAACACGUUCCGAAACAUUUGUACGUGAUGAUAAUACAAAUAAUGAUGAUGAUGAUGUUAAUAAUGAUGGUAAUUGUAAUAAUGAAAGUGUCGAUUGUCCAAAUUCAACAAUAAUAACAACAGCAAAAACUAUACCAGCUGAUUUAUUAGGUCAUACUUAUGAUAUAAUAGAAGAUGAGUGUAAUGAUUUAACCCGAACAACAAGAAUGAUUAGAAAAACUCAACAACAGCCACGCUAUAGUUUAUUUGACACAUCAAAAGAUUUAAUACAAUCUACACCUAGAAUUGAUAACGUGACAAAAAUUUUAGAUAAAACAAAUCUUAUAAACGAUAAUUUACGUAUAAAUAAUACUCAGCUGCUGGAAUCAGCUUCAAUAACUACUCCUGGUAUAACAAAUAUAACUACUACUAUUAAAAAACCAUUAAACCCAAUUAUAAAUUCAACACAAAAUUCUGAUCAAAUAUAUAAUAAUGCAACAGCAGCAGCAUUUUUAACUAGAACUUUUGAAAAUACAGUCAACGAAGAUUAUUUAGAAAAUACAUUACCAAUAAGUCCAUUAAAACCAUUAAGAAGAUCAGAAACAUUUAGUCAAAUACCAAAUACUGAAGAUCAUCCAUUAUUAGAUGAAAAUUAUUUUAAUGAAACUCAAAUAUGUGAACGUUUAACUGAUAAAAAUAAUUCUGUUUUGAAUGCAACCCUAAUUCUUUCAAAUCAUAAUGAUGAUAAUAAUGAUUUUAAUAAUGAUUAUUUAGAGAAAACUUUAACAGGAAAUUUAAAUGAUAAUAAUGAAAGUUUAUUAAAUAAAACAUUAGUAAUUGAUAAUAAUACAAUAACAAUAGCACCAGAUAAAAAAGAUAUGAAAUUACAAUUGAAUUCAACAAUACAAAAUAAUUUAACACCAAAUGAAAGAAUAAUUGAUAUAACAACAAGUAUUUCACCGCGUAAUCAUCUUAUGAAUUUAACAAGAGGACUAUUAGAUUCACCACCAUUUAAAGAUAUAAAAAAUCAAACAGCACUUUUAUACAUGUCACCACAGACUGAAUUAAAACAUUCAAUAUUAGCACCUAGAAAAGCAAGUUCACGUGCAUCAUUAGCAAAAACACCAGAUGAUUUAUUAGAACCAAUGGAUAUUGAUCAAUAUGGUAAUGUUUUUGAUAUACCAAUGAAUGUGAAACAAGCUUUAUCAAUGAAUGCAUUACAAGAAUUAAAACAAAAUACAAAACCGAGAUUUUCAUUUGGUUUAGAUUUAACUGAAUCAACAUUAGAUUGUUCAAUUGAAUUAUGUGAUAUAUCAUUAGCAUCAAAUGCUCCAUCAGCUUCAAUUGGACCAGGAGGAAAUAUUAAUAGUUGUAAUGGUAUAUCAUCAUCAUCAGCUCAAAUUGAUUCACCUGGAACAUUACUAAAAAAACAAAAUUCAUUUGAUUUAGAUGAAAGUUUAGGUAUUUUAACACCAGAUCAAAUGAAAGAGUUCCUAGAUUCAACAACAACAAAUAAUACAAAUAAUUUAGAUUUACCCGGUUUAAUAGCACAUCAUUCAUCAAAUAUUAAUGGUUUAAAUUUUAAUGGUAAAGCUGGUUCAAAAUUAUCACUACAUCAAAUGAGAAUUGAUUUAACACCGUCACCAGAGGAAUUACCAUUAGAUCCAGUUGAUGUUAAAACUGAUUUAGAUAUAUUAAUGUCAUUGCCAAUGCAUAAUAUACAUCAUAACAAUAAUUGUAUAACACAAUCACAAAUUUUACCUAGUUCCAAUACGAUAACCUAUACGGAAUUAUCACAAACGGAUACAGAGUCAAAAACUGAUCAAAUGACAAAAUCAAACACAUCUAAAGUAUCAACGAGUUUUAUAACUAGUGUUACGAGUAUUACAAGUUUAGAUAAUGGUUAUCAAGGUGAUGGAGAAAUGUCACGUCCAGCAUCUCGGGGUGGUGAUCAUUCACCAUCAAAUGGGCCCAAAAAUAAAAAUCAAAUAUCCCGACAACCAUCAUUUAAUAAUCAACAUCAAAAUAUUUUAGUACGAAGGCAAGAUCCAAUGACCGAUUCGGACUUUUUUACUGAAUCAGAUGCUGAUGUUGACAUAUUUCAUAGGGGAGACCGUAGAGCACAGGUUAUUGACGGUCAACUUUAUGGUCCAAUGCACCAACAAGCGGCCGCUAAUGUUUUUAUUAGUGAACAACCUGAAAUGGAAGAUUCUUGUAUGGAAUCAAGUGGUAUUUUUACAGAUGUUGAAAAUCGUUGUGAUGAUGACUUAGCCUUAAAUCGUCGAGAUGCAAUUGAAUCAGCUGCAAAAGAAAAUGUUUCGGCUAAUACAACAUCUCCUAAUUCUUUACUGACUUAUGUAACAUCAACAACUGGUACAUGUGAUAUUGAUAUGUCACCGGAUGGAAGUACAGAUACUGUAAAAAGUAACAAAAAUGAUACCAAUUUAACUUCAACAUCAGUAACAACAGCAACAACAACUACAACCUCUAAUCAUUCAAAUAGUGAUCGUUCAAUUACACCUUCAUCGUCAUUACUUAGCCAAGGUCAAUAUUAUGGUAGCGUUGGUGGUUGUAGUCAUCAUAGUGGUAACUUAUUAACUGAUUCACAGACAUCAACAAUAAAUAGUAGCUUUAGUUCAGAUCGCAUUAGUAUCAGUACUGAUUAUAACAUAACAGCAACAACAGCUACGACAGCAACUACAACAACAGCUACAACUAAACGAAAAGUAUAUAAUGUACGUAGCUCACCAACAUCAAAUGCUACAAGUCCAACAACAGUUUACAGUAAACCGAUAACAGAAAAACGUGCAGCAACAUCACCAUUAUUAAGCGCGGCGAAAAUAAAAGCUUCAAAUAAUAAAAUGAAAACGAAUACUACUAUAAAAAAUUAUUGUGGUGGUGGUGGUGGUGGUAGCAAUAGUAGUAUUGGUGAAACAAUGGCAAAAUCACCAGCGUUUAAAAAUUCAUUAAAAUCAAUUGCGCAUUCAUCAGUUUCAGUUAGAAAAUCGAGUCCGUCGCGAAAGCAUGUACUUGCUACAACGUCGUCGUCUGUUCGUCCGUCGCCGUCAUCGUUGUUAUCGUCGUCGCCUUCGCAAUCAUUACAAUAUUUAAAUAAAAAUAAACAAUUAAAUUCGGUUACGAAAUCAAAUAAAACGGUUAAUUCGAAUAAUCAUCGUAAAAAAUUAUCACUUGGUUUAAUCGGUAAUUCAUCAUCUUCAAUUGUAAACGAUUAUCAAUCGCCGCAGUCGUGUUCAUCGACAACAUCACCACAACAACAAAUAUUAUCUAGUGAUAAUAUUAUGGUAUUAAAUAGUAAAAAUAAUUUAGUUAACGGUAUUUCAAUAAAAACUAAAAAUACCGUUAAUACACGAAAUAUUUCAUCAAAUCAAGAAAAUAUAAAUCAUCAACAAAAUUCAAUAACAGCAAAUUCAUCAAAUAAUUCAAGUUCAAUAUCAAUAUCAACUGGUUCAAAUAAUCUUAAUAAUAAUAGUAAUAAUAAUUGUAAUAGUAAUUGUAAUAAUAAUGACAAUAAUGUUAAUUUAAUAGCAACACAAAAUCAUUAUCGUUCAACUAAAUUUCCACCAAAUAAAUGGGAUGCUGUUAUGAAUAAAAUUGCUGAAAAUAAAAAUAACCAGCAAAAGCUGGUUAAAAAAAGUUAUAAUCAAGUGAAAUCGAAAAUUUCAACUGGUAUUAAAAUUCAAUUACAACAACAACAACAAGAUAAUAUUGUUAAUAAUAAGAAAAAUUUAUGUUCAAAUAUAAAUAGUGUUAAUAAUUCAUUAAAUAAUGAUAAUAAUAGUGGUAAAAAUGAAAAUCAAAAUGGUGCCCAUCAUAAUAAUUUAAAUAAGGAAAAUUUAAUCAAAGUUACAACAAAAAUUCAAAAAAAAUUAAUUAAUUGUAAUAAUGUUGUUGUUGCAACUAGUCCAAAUUCUUCAUCAUCAGUUAAUUCAUCAUUUGAUUGCUCAGCAAAUACAAGUGGAUUAACAUCACCUCAAACGAAACGCUUAAUUCAAGGUGCUAUCAAACGGUGAGUUUUUUACAAACAAUUUUGGCAUACCGUCAAUAAUUUGAAAUCUCAAAAGUUUUGUUUUGUCUUGAAGAAGAACAAUUUCGAAAAAGAAAUAUGUGUGUUCACACCAGGUUACAAACUGA